AUGGAUGAUCAUGAAUUAUAUCCGUUCGGUUUUCUUGAGCCUUCUUUCCGUAAGGUUAAAGGUGGGAAAAUAAUCAACACUGAGGAUUCCUCCAGUGGGAUCGCCAAGAAAGUAAAAUUCGAGAGCAAUUACUACCUGCGGAGUCCUGGUCCUCGGAUUCGGCCGGGGACGCCCUGGCCCUCGGAUCCAGGGUUCAGUUCAACCGAUGGCUUACCUGCCCUGGUCUUUUCCCCCUCUGGAGCCUCAGACAAGGCUGCGUCGUCGUCCAGCCAGCGGGGAGAAGACGCCCGUCAGAAGCGGUGCAGCCUGAAGAGGAAGAGAGAAGGGGAACACAGCAGCGACAGCGUACAGAUCCUGGAGGAUCUCUACACCCCUUCGUUGUCCAAGCGCGUGGCCAGGAGCGGAACAACCACCUCUUCCACCCAGUCCAUUGCGUACUCCGGUUGUACCGCAGAUAGCAGCAAAUCGAUAAGUGAUUGCGAAUACCAGCUGGUGCAGAAUGAAAUCCUCUGCUCUGCCUCCAACAGCUACGAGGUUCUGCACUACCUUGGUUGUGGAAGUUUUGGCCAGGUGGCCAAAUGCUCCAAGAAGGACACCAAUGAAAUGGUUGCCAUCAAGAUCCUGAAAAACCAUCCAUUCUUUGCUCGACAGGGUCAGAUCGAGGUGAGCAUCCUGAGACGGCUGAGCAGGGAGAACGCAGACGAGUUCAACUUCGUGCGUGCGUAUGAGUGCUUCCAGCACAAGAAGCACAUGUGCCUGGUGUUCGAGAUGCUGGGGCAGAGCCUCUACGACUUCCUGAAGGACAGCAUGUUCAGCCCGCUUCUGUUGAAGUGCGUCCGGCCCGUGCUGCAGCAGGUCGCCAAAGCGCUCAUGAAGCUGAAGAGCCUGGGCCUGAUCCACACCGACCUCAAGCCCGAAAACAUCAUGCUGGUGGACCCCGUCAGGCAGCCGUACAGGGUCAAAGUCAUCGACUUCGGCUCGGCUAGCCACGUCUCCGAGGCCGUGUGCUCCAGCUACCUGCAGACCAGAUACUACCGGUCACCUGAGAUCAUCCUGGGUCUCCCUUUCUGCGAGGCCGUGGAUAUGUGGUCGCUGGGCUGUGUCAUCGCCGAGCUGUUUCUGGGCUCCCCCCUGUAUCCGGGAGCCUCUGAAUAUGAUCAGAUCCGUUACAUCUCCCAGACGCAGGGCCUACCAGCAGAGUACCUGCUGAGCGCAGGGACCAAGAGCAACUAUUAUUUCCACAGGAGCCCUGACUCCAGCUGCCCCCUGUGGAGACUCAAGACGCCUUCAGAGCAUGAGGCAGAGCAUGGCAUCAAGUCCAAAGAGACACGGAAGUACAUUUUCACCUGUCUUGACGACAUGAUGCAGGUCAAUGCGACCAGUCUGGAAGGCGCAGACGUCUCGGCGGAGAAGGCAGACCGGCGGGAGUUCAUCGACCUGCUGAACAAGAUGCUCACGCUGGACGCUGACAAACGGAUCACGCCGAUGAAGGCCCUGAAGCACCCGUUUGUCACCAUGAGCCACCUCCUCCAGUUCCCUCAAAGUGCCCAUGUGAAAUCUUGCUUCCAGAAAAUUGAGAUCUGCAAUCGGCAGUGCACAGGGUGUGAUGGCAGCAAGAGCCUGUUUGGCAGUGGGGGUGGGGCGGGGGGCGGGGCCAGCACAGCUGCCAACCUCAAUGACACCUUCAGCAGCUGGCUCGCCCAGCACAGCCAGGUGGGACAACCGGCACAGCAGGGCGGGUUCAAGAGGUCAAAAGAUCGCCAAGCAGAGAGCCGGGCUAGACAGGCCAAGCCCUACAGCCUUGUACUGGGCCGCAGGAUCAAGCAGCGCCUGUGGGAAGCGCUCUUCUGUCCGACUCUGCGAGAGGAAGUGAAGCCUGAUGGACAGUUCGACGUGACUGAGAGCUUCUCUACUCCAACUUUCAACAGCUUCGUGCCGCACUUUGAAGUGGACAUGAGUGGAGAACCCAUGCCUGAACAGCCUAAGAAGAAAAGCCGAAGACACUGA